AUGCAGCAAGCGACACAGCUCCCCACCACACACCAGCUGCCACCCACCGGGCCAUGCUUCCCCGUUCCCCAGCAGGGGCCUGGCCUCCUGGCAGAGCUGGGGAUCCCCCCUCUCCAGCUCCAGCCCGCGCCCUCCCAGUCCAAGGCCCACACCCUGCCAGCGGCAGCUCCAAAUCAGCCGGAGCCCCUGCGCGUGCCCCAGCUGCGCGCCGUGGUCGAGAGCCAGGCCUUCAAGAACAUUCUGGUGGAUGAGAUGGACCUGAUGCUGGCACGGGCGGCCACGCUCAUCCAGGCGAGCUGGCGGGGCUACCUGCUGCGGCAGAAGCUGGUGUCGCAGAUGUCGGCCGCCAAGGCCAUCCAGGAGGCCUGGCGGCGCUUCCACACGCGGCGCCUGCUGCGCUCCAGCAGGGCGGCGCUGCGCAGGGCCCCCGGCCCCGAGGCCGACGCCGACAUCCCCUACCACGCGCCACAGCAGGUCCGCUUCCAGCCACCCGGCGCCGAGUGCCUGGCCUGCCCGCCCCUCAUGGUGAGCAGGGAGACUCAGUGUCCCUCUUGGGACUGCCUGGCUACCUGCGUCCCGCGGCCCGCACUGUCGCCAUCCCCAGCCGCUGCUCCCGGUGCUGGCCGAGCCUGCAGGGCCGCCUUUCCACAGCCCGCCACGCCCUCGGGGCUCCCCGGCCCCUGCGGUCUGGAGCCGAAGUUCCAAAGCGGCCUGCUGACCAAGACGGUGAGGAACACCUCUCUGGUGCAGCAGACGGAGAAGGAAGUGGUCAAGACCAAGCCGGCGGCAGCCCGAACCGCCAGAGCCCCGGAGUCCCCUCCCUGUGGGAGGGGGGCCCGGGCCGGGUGCCGGGGGGUCAGGGUCCCGACCCAGACCCCUGCGGAUGCUGAGGACCCGAGGCCGCAGCCCCACCCGUGCCCGGCACCCGCCUCCGCCAAGGCCUUCCUCAGGCCCUGCACCGGGCUCUCCACGCUCAGGCCCCCGGCCCAGGGGGGCACAGCACCCACCAGCAGGACACUGCCGCAGAAGUGUGCCACAUCUGCACCUGCACCACCUCAGACGUGCCAUGAGCCCGCCACACCCAGACCCCCGGCGCACACGCACCUCCUGGUGUCUCUAACCAGCAUGUCCACGCAAACGCGCGCACCCAGCACCCUGCUAAGGCCAUCCGUGCCCGUGUGCCUGCUCUCCUCCACCAAGACCCCCGCCCAGCCUCGCCCUGCAGCCGCCGGAACCAAAGCCCCUGCCUCACCGUGCCCGGGUGCCCCGGGGAGGACCGCGCCCCAGGUGCGCCCAGUGGUCGCCCCCUCCCGUGGCCCGGCCGCGGGGCCCUCCAAGUCCUCCUCACAGACGGGGCCCCGGCCCCCGCCACAGGCGCGCCUGGCCGCCAUGCUCACCAGGACCCCUGCCCACAUCCGCAACGUGGCCACCGUGCUCAAGACGCUGUGCCUGGUGCACCCCAGCACGGGCACGCUGAAGGCCCCGGCCUGCGCCCCGCAGUCCGCCGGCGCCCCCAAGCCCAAGGCCUCCGCGAGCCUCAAGCCGGGCGCGGGGCCUGCGCGGCUGCCCUCGCAGUCCUGCGUGCCGGAUGCGAAGGCCCAGGCCGGGCCCCAGCCACAGGAGGACCUGGGGGCGCCGAAGGCCCCGGCCAAGGCCUCCUUGGACGUUGAGAAGACGAAGAUCUGCGCCCCCAGACUCGCAAAGCCGGAGAUGGUGUCCAAGUCGAGCAUGACGCUGGCCAUGAGCACGGUGGCGUCGUGGUCCAGGGUGGCAGAGGCUAAGCCCAAGCCCGCGGUGCAGACCCAGCAGACUGAGAUCAUCCGCGUGCGGUCUCGGCUGCUGGUGCCCGCAGACACGUCCGUGGCUCCGACACUCACCAAGGCCACAGCACACACGCAGACGCCCACUGGACAGAGCAGGGCCACGCUCCAGCCCCGGCCGGCCACCGCCCCGCCCCUGCCGGGCCCCUACCCCACCAAGACUGCCCGGCAGGCCAAGGCGCUGUGCCAGGCCCAGCUCACCUCCUGCCUGAGUCGGCCGCACCGGCCGGCCGAGCUGACUGUGGUACUGCCCACCACCUGUCCACCCCCGGGGCAGCCGCAGCUGGCCACCUGCUUCACCAGAACCGCGGCGCACUUCUGCCCGCCCGCCACGCAGACCCAGGUGCUCUCGCAGGCCACGCGGCUCAUCAAGGUCUCCUCCCAGCUCUACUCCUCCACCGAACCGCACCGGGCCCCGUCCAGCCCCGCCAAGCUGGCCAAGGCCCCAUCGCUGGCCCACCUGGUCACGUGUCUGACCCGCGUGCAAUCCCACACCCACAGGCCGGUGGGGCUGGGCGGGGACACGGCUGGGUGCAUCUACACCGCCCGCCCGCCGUCCACCUACCUGGGCAGCAAGGCCCAGUCACAGCCCCUCCUGGUGGCCUCCAAGCCGUCCACCCUGCCCAGCCAGGACCCAGGGCCUCCUGGGGCUGUGUCCGGAAGCCCGUCGGACGGCAGAGCGGCACCCAUCCCACCACGCUGCCUCACUCCGGGCCCUGGGCCCCGUCCAGCCGUGUCGGAGGCCGCCAGCACGCUGGUCCCGCUGCUGGCCGCGGCCAGCUGCACCUGUCGUGGGGACGCGUGGGGCGACGGCCGGGAGUCAGCGUCACGCCCGCGGGCGCCCGCAGGAAGCCGUCCUGAGGACACGGCCGCUGCCCAGAUCGCCGCGCUGUGCGCCGAGCUGGCAUCUGCGCUGGGCUCCCAGGAGGACCUGCGCAGCCUGCUGGCCCGGGCGCUGUCCCAGGGCGAGGUGCGGGCGGCCCUGAACCAGGCUCUGGGCAACACCAUGGCCCGGGCGCUGCCCCACGGUGUGCUGAGCACCGCGCUCACGCGGGCGCUGUCCUGGGGCGAGCUGGGCGUCACGCUGACCCGCGUGCUGUCCCGCGGCGAGCUGCGGACGGAGCUGGCCCGGGCUGUGCAGGGCAGGCUGGCCGACGUGCUGGGCAAGGCUCUGUCGGACGAGGAGCUCCUGGCACUGGGCCAGGCCCUGUGUCCUGGGGAGCCGGGCGUCCUCCAGGGCCCAGCCGGGACGCAGGUGACCCGGAGGCCCACGGCCACCCUCCCCAAGGCCCCCUCGAAGCCGGCUGGAAGCAGGAUGACCGUGCUGUCAGCGCCGGGGGCCCUGGACUGCCGCGUGGACCCCCCACUGUCGUGGGGCGUUGCUGUGAGCUCCGGGAGGCUGCCAUCCUGCAAGGUCAGGGCCAGGCGCGUGGCUGUCGGGGGCUACACUGCAGCGCUCGUGCGGGCUGGGGGGGAUGGCACCGCGUGGGGGGGGCCACCCUGCUUCCCCACGGCCCCCUGCGGCUCGCUGGCCGCCGCCGGCCCUCCCCAGGGUCCUCUUCUCAUCGUCCCCGGCCCCAUCCCAUCGGGGCACCCGGGACCGCGUGGCAAGGUCGUUUCUGACCUGUGUCUGCGCCCCAAGCCGGGAGCCUUCUGCCUGGGCCCCGACUGGCUGGCGGGAGGAGAGGGCCCCCACUGGCCCCAGUCUCCCCAGUCCCGGCCACCCCCCAGCCCAGGGUGGGUCCUCACUGCCAAUGGCAUCGGCCCCAGCUCCAGCCGGGUGCCCGAGAGUGGCGGCCCCGGCCCCCCGCAGCCCCCCGUGGCCAGCACGGUGGCCCCUCAAGCGUGGAUGCCGGUGGGGGAGGACAGCGUGGCGUCGCUCAGGGCGGGGGGCGUGCAGGGUGCCCACGGCUCGCGGGCACCCGCGUCCCCUCCCGGCUCAAGCUGCUGGUGCCAGAGUGCAGGGCGCGGCAGGACGUCCCCCAUCAUCUGCUCCUGCUCCGUGGCCAGGUGCCUCAACCACCUGUGCAAGGUCACGGAGGAGCACGUGAGGACACACAGCCAGGCGUCCCCCCGGGCGCCGGAGGGCGCGGGGGCCCCAGCCCCUCAUCCGCGCAGGACCCCCGCCCAGCUCCAGGCCCCCAGCGCCGGACACGGGAAGAGUCUCAGGAAGAGCCCCCCCUCCGGCACUCCGGCCCCCCGUGGGCCCGCGGCCCGGCCCCGCCGGCCUAUGUCCCUGCUGGACGAGCUGGUGAGCGGCCUGCCCAGGCACCCGCGGGAAGUCCUGGCCAAAAGCUUCAAGCCGGGCGCAGCCCGCAGCCCGGACAGCACGUCGCCCAGCUCGGGCUCCAGCAGCAGCUCUGCCCGUGCCACUGAACUGCCCACCGGGCCGGGGCCGAGGGAGAGCAGGGCAGGACGACAGGAGGGCGUGCGACCCGGGCCCGCGUCCCCCUCCCGGCCCCCGGCCGCCACCACCGGGCCGCGCCCCCCACAGUCUCCCCGCUGUGGUCCCCUGGCCGACCACGCGGCCUCCGGCCUCCACCGGUCCCUGGGGAGAGACUCAGGGCGACCCGCGCCGGCCCCAGGGCCGCCCGAGCCGGGCCGGGCCCGUCUGAAGAGGAGUCUGUCCCUAGGCGCCAUGGUCCCCCCGAGGGACCUUGGGCCUGAUCCUUGUCCACCCAAGACCCCUGCAGCUGGGUCGGGAGCCCCGCGGGCCCACCCCCCACCUGGGGCCCUGGGCGGAGCUGCGCCCCCAGCCCCCAGCCAGCCCGGUCCUGCGGCCCAACCCGCGGAGCCCCGCAAGUGGCCUUUGGGGUACACUCCACCACCCUUGGCUGCUGGGGGGUUCCUCAACUUUGUCCAGCCAGCCUUGGGGUGCGGGACGUUCCCUGCCUUUGUACAACCAUCUGUGGAGUGUGGGGUGUUCCCACAUUUCGCCCAGCCGUCCCUGUCUGUUGGGGGACCUCCACAUUUCUCCCAGUCUGUUGGGGGACCCCCACAUUUCUCCCAGCCGUCCGUGGUGGCUGGGGGACCCCCACAUUUCACCCAGCCGUCUGUGGUGGCCGGGGGACCCCCACAUUUCGCCCAGCCAUCCGUGGCGGCCAGGGGACCCCCACAUUUCACCCAGCCGUCUGUGGCUCCUGGGGGAUCCCCACAUUUUGCCCAGCCGUUUUUGGCGGCCGGGGGACCCCCACAUUUCGUCCAGCCGUCUGUGGCUCCUGGGGGAUCCCCACAUUUCGCCCAGCCGUUUUUGGCGGCCGGGGGACCCCCACACUUCGCCCAGCCAUUUUUGGCAGGCGGGUUGUCCCCAGUCCUUUCCCAGAUGUCUGCCGCCAGUAGGGCGUCCUCCCGGGUCAUCCAGACGCCCUCCUGCCUCCGGGCGGCCCCCAGGCUGACCCCAGCGUUCCUGGCCGGCUUCUACCCGGGUCUGCCCCAGCUGUCGGCCGCCCUGGGGGCCCUGAGCCUGGUGCAGCCCUCGGUGGUGGUCGGGGUGGGCCACGGCUUCCGGGAGCCGGCGGUGCCGGGCAGGGGCGGCGCACUGGGAGAGGCGGGAGCCGGGCCGGGCUGUACCCCGCUGGGAGGGCGACGGCACCGGGAUGGUAUAGAUCCCCUCCACCUGCGCACGCCGGCGCUGCGCAGCCCAGGGUUCCCCGGCCCGCCCCUGCGUGAUGCCACGCCCAUGUCUCCGCCCUGCCGCGAGAGGGCGGGGUCUAGAACCCGGGCGAUGCCAAGACGUCACCGCGGACUGCAGGGGCCCGAGCCGCCGCCGCCGCCGCCGCCGCGCAGCCCCGCGUCCGCUCGCCGAGGUCCUCGCCCCGCCGCCGCCCCGCGCUACCGCCGCAUCCGAGCAGGGCAAGGUGAGCGCCGGGCGACGCGGGGGGCGCAGGCUGCGGGCACCUGCAUAACCUUCAUUUGA